AUGAUCUGCCCGAUGCGAUUCCAGAUAAUAUUGCCACGAGAGACCGCACUAAAGCUAUUGGUUUGGAGGCUUUAUGUGUGUUGUUAUACAAACUGGCUGUUCCAGUGCGGUGGGAAGACACUGAAAUCUUUUUCGGCCGCUCUAGUAGUGGGCUGUCGAACAUUUUCAUGCAUCUACUCGACUUGUUAG